AUGGGAACCCCUCUGGAACGAUUGUUCUCCAAAAUCUUUGUGGCAGCACACGCCCCUGCAUGGGCAGUUUGUUCAGCACAAAGGCGGCGGCCACAACGACCAGACAGCCAACUAGUUCCGGCAGAGAUCUUGGCAGAUAUCCCUGAGGUUGUGGUUCCCACUUCCAGUUUGGUUUGCCAUUUGGUGCACUGGGUUUCCUCCAAGAACCGUGAAUGGCCCUAUCGGGUCAAGGCAGCCUGCUGCUUGCGGGAUUGGCUCAGCCCCCUCAACGAUGGGACCGUGCCAGUGGAGACGCUCCAAGUUUCCUCAAAUCACAGAAUGCCAGUCGAGAAUGGCCAGUGUAUGAUUGAUAGCUUAGAGAUGAAAAGCUUCACAGCACUACCAUGGUGGGUAACCUUCCGGAAUUUCAUGGACGCAAUGGCACAGGAAGAAGCAGGACUACCAGAGUCUAAAAAACUCAUCAAGGGCAAUGUUGCUAGCCUGACAGUAGGCGAGCUGAUUUCUUUGCUUGCACUUUGUGAUGAAGACCCUCUUUGCAUCAAUUGUUGCCACCGCCUUGGCCGACAAUGUGCGGCGUUGAUGUCUGAGCAUCUUUACAGGUAUGCUGAACACAGGGGGUCAAACACUAGUCUGGUGGAGCAACAAAAAAAAUCAAACGUUCUGCAUGGAGCAGUGAAAGAACAAGCGGUGUCUCUUGUCCAGUCUGGUGUCAAAACGUCACUGGAAGAUGCGCUGGAGCACAUGGGGUAUCGACGCGGGCUUGCAGCGAACAUUUACCAGGACUACCAAAGUGCAUUGCUUUAUCGCCAUCGAAUUGACUUUGAGGGUGCCCGAUACUUCCAGGUUUUGCUGGACGGAGGGAAUCCCAUGAAAAAGAAGGCUGUGUACUUCAUCUUGUGUCAGCUCAGCUUGCUGGCCAAUCAAGCUUCAUGUUUUUGUCGCAAUGCUUGCCUGCAAGUUGUGCAUCUUUGUGCACAGGCUCAACUAAUGUCAGUUAGUGACAUUGAGAAAUCCUUCUUUGUUACAGGCCAAGGAUCAGACAGUGACUUCACUGGAGGAGCUGCGGGGUUCGAGGAGAUUGAUAGCACGAUGAGGAGAAUGCUCCAAAACCGGUUUCCCCAUGAAUGCCACGUCUUUGGUGACAUACUGGACAUCUUUGGGGAUGGGAGGGCUGCCUACAACCACCUCAAUAGCAUUUCAUCUUACAGAGACAAGAUUGCUUGGGCAAACCAAGUUCCAACAAGUAAGACUGCAUGGUGCUUUCAACAUGAUCAGUACUGUGACCUCUUCACCGGUGCCACACUUCGAUGUGGCGGUUUCCCAUGUCAAGAUUUUAGCCAAGCAGGGAUGCAACAAGGAACUUCAGGAAAGCAAGCCCCAGUUGUGGCUGCGUUUGGUAGAAAAACGAAAGAGUUGGCGAAUCCGCUGUUAACAAUCGAGAAUGUUGACCGUUGCCCCACCGACGUCGUUCAUGAUACAUUCAGCUCUGAAUAUCAAUGGUAUUGUGAAGCUUGCUUUGAUCCAGCUGCAGUUGGCUUUGACUGCAUCAGAAGAUCCAGGCUGUAUAUGGGAGCUCUUCACGAAUCUUCCGCAACAUGCGUGAUUGACCCUGGCAUCCUGCUACAGCAUACUAUGCAUUGUAUCGGGCGGGACCCACCUUUGAAGCCAGGAAUGCUCAUGGUUGCUGGCACCAAUGACUUCUGGCAAGAUUGCUGGCACCUGACAAGUGGCGACAGUGGCCGGGGCAAGAGGUCUUCAGACCAGCUGCUUCUGGCUGCAGAACAAGCUAGACUGGAUGAUUACGUUUCCAAGUUCUGGGAGUUGCCCCACACAAACCGAUGUGAUUAUUCGGAUUUGGUAGUGCACUUAGGGGAUUCCCCAGCUACAGGUUGGGUGACGUGGAGCGCCCGACAUGGGGUAAUGCCCACAAUCAGAAGAAUUGGGGGGCUGUACUAUGUUCCAUGUCUAGGCCGACACCUCACACUUCGAGAAAUGUAUUUGUCAAUGGGAUACCCUACCUAUGUUCAGUAUGUAGGUUACGAUGCAUCCCUUGCCUAUCGUGUUUUCACGCCACAAACAAGUUGGUGGGAUGCACGCAGAGCACUUGGCAACUCAAUGCAUGUUGCCCAGGUGGGGUGUUUUGUUGGAUCCCUUCUUUUGAGUUCCCGGUCGAAAGAAUCAGGGCUCCCAUUAAGCGAGCUCUUCCAAAUUAUGGACAGGAGCCUGUGGCAAUAG